UGUCUCUCUAUUUAUAUAUACAACAUACACGCAUUCAUUCACACACGUUCACACAUACAUUCACAUUAUCAACAUUUUCACAAUCUUCUUGUGAUUUUUCUCAAUCUCUUCGUCUUUCGAUUCAAAAAAAACAUGGACACCAUGAGUAGCGUAAACGAAAGCUCUACAACUACAGAUUCCAUUCACACUCCAGUCAAGAUUCCGGCGAGAAAGUCACCGUCUCCGGCGGGUUUGCUAUACAGAAUGGGAAGCGGAACAAGCGUAGUUCUUGAUUCCGACAACUGCCUCGAAGCGGAAUCAAGAAAGCUUCCUUCUUCAAGAUUCAAAGGUGUUGUUCCUCAACCAAACGGGAGAUGGGGAGCUCAGAUAUACGAGAAGCACCAGCGCGUAUGGCUCGGUACUUUCAACGAAGAAGAGGAAGCAGCGCGUGCUUACGACGUCGCCGCUCACCGUUUCCGCGGCCGCGACGCCGUUACUAAUUUCAAAGAGACGACGUUACUUAACGGUAACGACGGAGGUGACGAGGAUGAGGUUGACUUUUUAAACGCACAUUCGAAAUCAGAGAUCGUUGAUAUGUUGAGGAAACACACUUACAAGGAAGAGCUGGAACAGAGGAAACGUAAACGUAACGGUAACGGGAACAAGACGACGGGGUUUGGUUCCGUAACCGCUGCGGUUAUAACGGGGUUUAAAACGUCGAAGUUACUGUUUGAGAAAACGGUAACGCCUAGUGACGUCGGGAAACUAAACCGUUUGGUUAUACCGAAACACCAAGCGGAGAAACAUUUCCCGUUACCGUUAGGUGGUGUUGAUAACGAUAACAACGGCUCCGUGAAAGGUAUGCUGUUGAGUUUUGAGGACGUUAACGGAAAAGUGUGGAGGUUCCGUUACUCGUAUUGGAAUAGUAGUCAAAGUUAUGUGUUGACUAAAGGGUGGAGUAGAUUUGUUAAAGAGAAGAGACUUUGUGCUGGUGACCUGAUCUGUUUUAGAAGAUCCAACGGUCAGGAUGACAAGUUGUUCAUCGGGUGGAAAUCGAAAUCCGGAUCCGGGUCCGGGUCUGGGUCGGAUCGAGUUGUGAGGUUGUUUGGGGUUGAUAUUUGUUUUAACGACGCAGCUGUGGUGGCGAAGAAGGAAGAAAAGGACAUGUUAGUGUCGUUAAGGUGUAACAAGAAGCAACGAGCUAUGUGAUAACAAGUUCUAUAGUUUUUAUUUUUCUGUUAACUUACACCUUUUGCUGAGAUUAUUUAUGUUGUAGGUUUGUAACAUGUUGGGCAAAAAUUAAAGGGAAAAUUCUUUAAACCAUUGAAACAUGUAUAGAUUCAUUUUUAGUCAA